UUUGGCGUGAGCAGUAAGUGGGCGCUCUGCGAGGUAUCUAGUAGUAGGCCUACUGUAUUUAGUACUAGCGGUCAUUCAUUACACAGACGAAGGGCGCUAUAAAGAUUAGGUGUAUUAUUCUGGACUUCUCUCUGCAGAUCAAUGAGUAUACAUGGCACGAAAUAUUUGCGUAUUGUGUCCUGAUAAUUUGUGUUAGACCGGAGGGGGGAAUGCUUCGGAAAGAAGAACGCACGCACUAAACACCCAAAAGUUCGAGUGUCCAGUGUCAUGAAACUAAAUCCACAGCAAGCUCCGCUUUAUGGUGAUUGUCUUCUGACGGUGCAGCUGGGUGAUGAAGAGCGUCUGGAGGAUGAGGAGGAUGUGGAGUUUUACCUGCUGUUUGCCGGCACCUCCCAGCGGCACCUGACCAGCACUUUGAGGAUCAGCCAUGUUACGCUGCAGGCCGUGUGCCCAGCCCAUGACCGCUGCGAGUCGGUGCAGGUCACCCUGUGCUCAGCGCGGCCCGGUGGCUCUGUGGACUCGGUGGCCGAGGAGCGCUUCAACUUUGUCCAGGAUCUGGCCUUGGACAUGGCCCAGUUCCUGGUGAGCGCAGCGGGCCAGGCCGAGGGCCUGGAGGGGGCGCUGCUGCUGGACGAGUGCCAGAUCCCGCUGCAGGAGUGUGAGCGGCUGGACGAGAGCCUAUCCUUGGCCCUCAGACACCUGGCCCUGCCCCGGGGGUGGAGCGUCCUGGGCACCAACGGGGCCACGUCGCCCGAAACCAGUGACCAGGCCAACAGCUUAGCAGAGCCCGGUCCACAGGAGACCCUCCUGCACUUUGCGGCUCGUCGAGGGCUGCGGAAGGUCGCUCUGUUCCUGCUCCAGCAGCCGGGAGGCAGAGAGGCUCUCAGGCUGCCCAACAAGCAGGGCUUCACACCGGUCAGCUUUGCGGAGACGAGGGGUCACGACCAGCUACAGAAGCUCUUCUCUGAGUUUGAGACCUCGCCAGAGACCCGGAUACAGGCGGAGGAGAGGCGGUACUACCCCGGAGGCAGAGCGCUGCAGCACCACCCCAGACUGAACACCUACACCCUGACUGUGGACACGGUUGCAGGGAAACGUCCGCCCAGCCUCAAGGGAGAGGUGGAGGAGCUACAGAAACUGAUACAGCGGUACACAGACCGCGGGGGAGAUGUUGUGUUCCAGAAGUUGUCGGCAGACGAGCUGAACACCCCCACAGUAGGAUCCAGCGACCUCAGCAACCUGUCAGCACACACUGCUUCACGCCCCCCCCACUGCCAUGCCUGCCUCCCGGGAGGGGCGGGGCCUUUUCCGAACGGCCAGCAAGAGGAAGGGGAGGCGUGCUCUGCUCAGACGGCUGUAGAGGACUGUGGGAAGGCGUCUGAUAAAAGAAGCGAAGCCGCAGCCCAGCAGCCGAGGGAGGGCGAGGCUUUAGCUUUCAGCGCACCAUCCUGUGGAAAUCAGCCGGAGGAAGCUGAUAGAGAGAGGACAGGCUUAAUCACCGCCAGGCAGGGCGGCAAGGCAGGUCGCCGUAAAAGAAACAAAGCGGAGAGAGAGAAGAGGAGGGCAGAGACGUUCGCCGCUGCCCUGGCUUCAUCGGCCAUGGGCCAGACACAGUCCCAGGAGAGCCAGGAACACCCGGAAGACGGGCAGGAAGACAGGCAGGAACCCCAGCGGGCCGGGGAGAGGACUGCUAACAGCGGUGACAUGGGGGCUCAGGAAACCGCACACAGGCAGGGAGAGCCUGAGAUCAUCCAGGAGACCCCUGUGGAAAACGGCAAGUUGGGGUACGCCGAGGCGGCCACUGAAUGUGCCCUUCAGACGACGACGGGAGCCAAGAGCUGCCACGGGGCGCACGCUACGGAGUCACAGGACUCGGAACAAAGACAGGAAACUGCUGCAGCCGUGACAAGUUAUUCUGAGGAGCACGAGUGGGGCUUUAGCUGCCGCCAGACCCCUGGGGCCGAGGAGGAGGGAGGCGGGGACGGGGGCGGUGCUGACGACACUGAGACAGAGGCAGGAAACCCCAGCCAACCGACCAACGGAUUCAGCCCUGAGUCAACCAGCAGCAGGAGCGGAGGCGCCCAGACAACCGACGCAAGCCGAAGCCCCAGCAUGGCGGAGGGAGACAGCGAGAGCGGAUGUUUCCGACAACCUGAUAGAGUUCCGUCACCACAACCGAGUGAGCCGGUCCCGGGCUCGGAGCCGCAGGACACAGCGGAGAUAGCGGCACCACCACAAAGUAGGCCGGACCCGGACGGCGCCCGAGACCGGGGAGGGCAGGAACGCGACGAACAGACGUCCGCCGACAUUUCCUUGGCCGAGGAGGAGAAGGAGCUCGUCCAGGCAGUUGAUCCGUCUGAAGAGAGCGCUGUGGGAGGACAGGAGACGCCCAGGAUAAAUAAGCUCUCCGUUCAGUGGGCGUCGCUGGAGGAGACAGACUCCCUGGCUCACAGGGAAGAGAUAGCAGCCACGGCAAUAGCAGUAGUGGCCAUAGCCAUCGCAGCUGCUGUCGCAAAUGUAGAACAAUGCAACGCCACGCUGGAGGAGAGCCAGGCCUUGGAGACUGCCAGGAGCCAGCCUCUGACCGGACCCCAAGACACUGCGCCAAUGGCUGGGGUCACAGUCUCUGAGGCCACCCUCGCCACCUCAGACGAAGGUCCAACCUUCACUCCCGAGGAUUCGGAGAACCCCUCAAAGGGAGAGGCAGAGCCUAACCUCAGACAACACGAGGAGAACGGCGACCAGGCUAGUGAGAGGCCUGAAAGUGGACCGGGAUUGGAGGCCGGUCCGGCAGGACUGAGUACACCCCAGGGAGACUCCCAGUCUGACACACUGUUUCAUCAUGAAAGGGCCGCAGACACACUUGGCGAUGAGGUCAUCACUUCCCCCUGUCCCUCCCCAGAGUGGUCUUCAGAGCUGACACAACAGGAGAUUUUUCCUUCAGACAUAGGAGUGACCCUUGGAACCCAGACACACCCAGACGGUGGUUGGUCGCGGAGUCCAGAGACGACUUCCCUGUCAGACCUAGACAGUGGAACAUGCCUGGGUGAUGAGCAGCACAGCUCCUCAGUGGAAGUAGACAGUGGAGAGUCCCUGGCCAUACAGCCCUCAGACACACUGGAUAUGCUGGAUGCAGGGAACGAGGGAACGAUGGAUACUGAAGGAGACAGUACAAAAGAUUUGAGGCCAGCUCUUGACGAGUGUCCGACAGCCCAAGACACAGACUGCAGAGCUCAUGAACAGGAGGAGGAGGAGAUGAAACCCCUCUCAGACAUGGCAGACGAGACGCUGAUCCACACAGAGAAGGAGACAUUCUACCCGGUCCAGCCCUGCUCAGAGCCCACAAUACAGGAAACAUCCACCAUCCCAGAAUGCACAGAAUGCCCAGAGACCCCAUGCUCCGACAGUGUUGGAGGGUCAGUGUGUGGAGGCCUGCCAGACUCAGUCAGUGAUGCCGACAGUCUGAUCAGUGCAGAGCUGGGAGAGGACAGCGUCUUCAGAAAGGGAGAGGAGGCUGUGACUGGGCAAAGGGACAGCACUGGCAGCGUAUCGGUGUCCUUCUCCUCCAUAGAUGACAUGGCCAGCAUGAGUCCCUUGAGCGCCAGCCCUGAGAGCAGCGUGGGUCCCAUCAGUGUCUCCUCCCAGAGCAGCGUGGGUCCCAUCAGCAUCUCCUCUCAGAGCAGCGUGGGUCCCCUCAGUGUCUCCUCCCAGAGCAGCGUGGGUCCCCUCAGUGCUUCCACCCAGAGCAGUGUGGGUCCCCUCAGUGUCUCCUCCCAGAGCAGCGUGGGUCCCCUCAGUGCUUCCUCCCAGAGCAGCGUGGGUCCCCUCAGUGCUUCCUCCCAGAGCAGCGUGGGUCCCCUCAGUGCUUCCUCCCAGAGCAGCAUGGGUCCCAGGGCCAGCUGGAGCGCUGGAGAUGCCUGGCAGGUGGCAGGGCUGGGAGGAGAGGAGGAGGAGAAGAAAGACAAGCUGACAGAGGUGCCUGUGUGCCCCGCCAUGCUGCGCUCCACCAUUCGCUCGCUCUCACCGUUCCGCAGGCACAGCUGGGGACCGGGGAAGAACCCUGCCGGAGAGACGGAUAUGAACCAACGCAGCUCAUUACCAUGUCAAGGGGAAGGGAAGCCUCCAAAGCCGACGUUUCAUAGGAGAAGUAUGAGCUGGUGUCCCUCCAACAUCCCCCCUCCCCACCUGGAACAGAUUGAUAGCAGAAGUUACAGUCUGGAGGGGCUGGCCGGAGACGAGGACUCCGAGAAGGCUUCUGUCGGUGUGGGGAGUGUGGUGCGCGUGACACGCCUGGACAGCGAGGAACGGGGCUCGCUUCUGUCCCUGACCGAAGAGCAGGAGUCGGAGCUGGGCGACUGCAGCAGCCUAGACAGCCAGAAAUCAGGAAGAGCUCUACCUGUGAGACAUUCUGCUAUGACUCACCAGGCGCUCACCAAAUCAGUGUCCAUGUUGGCCAUCAGUAACAGAGACCUGGAUGCCAGAGGCCGGACUCGACCAAAGAGACGCAUCUCCUUCUCCUUCAACAUCUCACCGACCUUCCCCAAAUCUAGAACAUUAUUUUCUAUUGGUUCUUCCUCGAGUGAUGAUGAGGAGGUAGUGAGAAUGGGAUCCUUCUCCAGCACCUCUGGAUCGUUGGAGUACAGCAUCUCAGAGGAGGACCCUGGGCCGCUGCGGAGCGACACGGAGGGGAGACAAGGCACCAAGGUCAGCCGCACUUUCAGUUACCUCAAGAGCAAGAUGAGCACUAAGAAGAACAAGGAGAAAGACAAAGAGAAGGGUCAGGGGAAGGACAAAGACCCCAAGGAGAAAGACCGAAAGCCCCUGAACGGCCAUCUCUUCAGCUCCGUGAACCUAGCCCCAUCCACAACGUGCCACCAAUGCAGCAAACCCAUCAACACUAAAGAGGCCUUCCUCUGCACCAACUGCAAUGCACAGGUACAUAAAGGCUGCAGAGAGAGUCUUCCUUUAUGUGUCAAGGUCAGAAUGAAGCAGCAGAAGCAACAAACGGUGACAGAUUCUGCGUCCGUGGCUGGAGUCCUGUUGAGAACUACGGCGUCGACAUCAUCGCGGGAGCGUCCAUGGUCGACCAUCUCGUCCCAUGACGACCAGGGCAUGGCUACGGCCGUGGUGCCUCGCAGAAACGCCAGCGUCCGCUCGUUUAACAGCAACCUUUCCAAGAGCAUCUCCAUCAGCAACAUUGCAGGACCGUUGAUGGACGAGAUGCCGCUGGGCCUGAAAUACCUAUCCCAGUCCACCGACUCCCUGCACAAGACCUCCAAGGUCAACGAGUCCACAGAGUCUCUCACGGAUGAAGGGACUGAGAUGAUGGACAGUCAGCUAAUGGGGGAGUUUGAGGCGGAGUCUAAGGAUCUGGAGGCGGACUCCUGGACCUUCACUGUGGAUAAGAAGUAUGUGAAGGGCCUGAAGAAGGAGGUGGUCAAGAGGCAGGACGUCAUCUAUGAGCUGGUCCAGACAGAGAUGCACCACGUGCGGACCCUGAAGAUCAUGUCUGAGGUGUACAGUAAGGGCCUGCAGAAGGAGGUUCAGCUGGAGACCCAGACGGUGGACAGGGUGUUCCCCAUGCUGGACUACCUCCUGGACCUCCACACACACUUCUUCGCACACCUGCUGGAGCGCAAGAGGGAGUCCUCAAUCGAGGGCCGGGAUGAUGGCAGCUUCCUCAUCCGCAAGAUAGGAGACGUCCUCGUCUCGCAGUUUUCGGGGCCCAAUGCCGAGCGCAUGAAGAAAGUCUACGGGAAAUUCUGCAGCCGCCACAAUGAGGCCGUCAACUUUUAUAAGGAGCUUCACACCAAAGACAAACGCUUCCAAGCCUUCAUCAAGAAAAAGAUGAGUAGCACGAUUGUCCGAAGACUAGGCAUUCCAGAGUGCAUCUUAUUGGUGACACAGCGAAUAACCAAGUACCCGGUGCUACUCCAGAGGAUACUGCAGCACACCAAAGAGAACGAGGAGGACCACGAGGAUAUAACCAAGGCCCUGAAGCUGGUGAAGGAGAUCCUCAACGCGGUGGACAGCAAGGUGAACGAGCACGACAAGAAGAGGCGGCUGAAAGAGGUGUACAGUCGCACGGACAGCAAGUCCAUUCAGAGGAUGAAGAGCGGCCAGAUGUUUGCGCGGGAGGACCUGUUGAGAGGCAGGAGGUUGCUGCACGAUGGACCGCUGCAGCUCAAGAACUCUGCGGGCAGGCUUAAGGAUGUCCAGGCCAUGUUGCUGUCGGACGUUUUUGUGUUCCUCCAGGAGAAAGACCAGAAAUAUGUGUUUGCCUCGCUGGACCAGCGAUCCACAGUGAUCUCCCUACAGAAGUUGAUUGUGCGGGAGGUGGCUAACGAGGAGCGGGGUCUGUUCCUGAUCACAGCAGGCAUAGAGAAGCCAGAGAUGGUGGAGGUGCUGGCCAGCACAAAGGAGGAGCGCAACAUCUGGAUGCAGCUCAUACAGGAUGCCAUGCACUCCAUAGAGAAGGAUGACGAUGAGGGAAUCCCCAGUGAGACUGAGGAAGACAAGAGACUGUUGGAGACGAAAGCACGGGAGAUGAGAGAGCUGCUGAGGAAGAAGGACGAGCAGAUCGUGUCUUUGUUGGAGGAGAAGGUGAAGGUGUUCCGGGACAUGUGUGAGGGGCGCAGUGGCUUGGCAGAGGAUCCCAGUUCAGCCCAGUCUAUCAGAACAAGGAUGCUGUUCAGAGCCACCCCCGACGACGUCACAAAGGGAGAGCCCAUCAUGAAGGAUGCCCUGAAGGAAGUGGAGACACUCAACGUGCUGGUGAAUGGCAGCGUGGCCGGCGCCGUGGGGCAACAGGUGUCCCAGGAUGCAUCAGGGGGCAGCGUGGGGCCAGUGUGUCUGCCUCGCCGUGCCGAGACCUUCGGAGGCUUCGACAGCCACCAGAUGAACAUCUCCAAAAACGGAGAGAAAGAAGAUGGCGACGACGCUGUAGACCUUCGGAGGACUGAAUCAGACAGCGGGUUGAAGAAGGGGGGCAACAACAACCUGCUGCUGCUGCUGAAGAGGAACAGCGAGCAGGUCCUCCACAGUGUCACGCACCUCCACGACCUCCUUAACACGCUGCAGGCGGUGGUGGUGCAGCAGGACACGUUCAUCGAGGACCAACGCCACGCCCUGGCCGACCGCACAGCCUCCCGCCACUCCUCCACCUCCUCCCUGUCGUCGUCGUCGUCGCGGCCCAACUCCCUGAUCGAGCAGGAGAAGCAGCGCAGCCUGGAGAAACAGAGGCAGGAGGUGGCCAACCUGCAGCGCCAGCAGGCGGCUCACGCCGAGGAGAGGAGGAGGAGGGAGAGGGAGUGGGAGGUGAGGGAGUCGGGGCUGAGCGACCGCGAGGCGCAGGUAAAGGAGCAGGAGGACGAGACGGCGAGGAAGCGCCGGCUGUUGGAGGAGGAGAGACAGGAGCUACAGAGGAGGAAGGAGGAGUACCAGCGGGACUUGGAGAGGUUGCGGGACGCCCAGAGGAAGCUGGACCGAGACAGGGAGGCGCUCCGCAGGGAUGCUGAGAAUGUGGAGCAGAUGAAGAAGGCGGAGGCGGAGCAGGCACGCAGAACCCAGCGGACCCCCUCCACCACCUCAGACGACUCCAUCAAGUUCCAGAGCUCCACCUCUCUGGAUAAAGACCUUGCGGGAGGAGAGGCCGAGCUCUCCUCGUCCCCCGCCACCAAAGAACCCUUCUUGAGGAUGGGCUCGAAGAGGAAAGGGAAGAACCUGAACCCAUUUUCGUCCUCCAACUCCAAGGCCCAGAGCAGCACCGAGGCCCAGAACCAAAUCCCCCACCGCCUGAUGCAGCUGGCCAAGUCCAAGAAGAAGAAGAAGGGGAAGGGGCAGCCAUCCCAGCCAGAUCCCGAGCCUCAGGCCGAUGGAGAGAUCUUCUUCUGCUGAUCCCUUAGUCCUCCUCUAUCCCAUCAUGUCCCGCCAUCACAGCAGUGGCUGGAUCAGCCGACUCCCAGACCCUGUGGUGGGGCCGCCAGAACACCUGAUCUAUACCCACGGACCUGGAGGGUUGACCUCGGCCACAGACAGGAAGCAUAACUAGAGCACUUCCUGGGACCUUGUUAGGGAACCAUGCAGACACUUCCUACCUAGUUGCCACUCUGAAGUGGCCAGGUGUGACUUUUGGAUGAAGGUAAUUAGGGUUUUGAAUAAGGAGUGAAGCUGCGAAGUCGCUUGCGGCGUGGAUUGGAUUGGUAUGCAUAUGUUGGUUGCCUUGGCUUUCACAGUGUUCGCGCCUCAGUGAAUUACAACGUGGCUAGAGGACAUUUUAUCGUUUCAUGAAGUAUACAGUAGCUAAUGUCGGUUUUCUAUGUGAAGGGGAUAUUUAACAGAGCAGGUGCCGUGGGGACAAUUGUAGAAUGUUCCAGAAUCCAAAAUUCAAGUGUAUCCCAACAGGCAGUGUGACAAAAAAGAGCAUCCACUCUAUUUAACACUUUCAGCUGGGUGUGGAAAGCUUGCACAAUGGUGUUUCUUGUCAUAUCGGUCAAGGUGUUGCCUGACAAUUGGCCCCAUAAUGCCUCAUAACCGCCUGUACAGAAUGAGAGCCCAGUUCCCUCCAUCCGCUCUACAACUCAGACGUUCUGGAGAAAGGACGAGGUUAGAAGAGACAUGACUAACCGCUGAGUCAGAGAGCAGGAUGAAUGAGUCUGGGAGAAACGGAAGACAAGCAAAGCCAAAGAAAGAGAAAGGAGAGCUUGUAACAGGGAAGAGAAGAGAAAGAAGAGAGAGAGAGAGAGAGAGAGAGAGAGGGAGGGAGGGUGAGCCAGAUGAGUGACUAAGAGAGAAAGAGUGUCUGCAUGAGGGAGCCAAAGGUAGGAAAUGGUUCAAUUGCUUUUGUCCCCUUUGCUAUUGAAUGCAAUGAGGAAUGCUGUUUGAUAUUACGUUUCCAGCAGAGUGAAUGGACAGAAGAAUCCCUUCUGGUACUUGUUGUUUUCCUCCACUGCACACCUGUAAACCAUUUUAUUUGUCAGUCACUGCAAUGCAGUACUGGCCCACACGGUUUGAAGGCGAUGAGCACUUUAGAUAAUGUUCACUCUGUUACAGGUGGAAAGACUUCCUGCUAUACAGUGAGUGACAAUCAUUAAAUUGACCCGGAGUCGAAUCUAAGGAAUAUAUACUGUAUUUUUUCAAGAAUAAAUAGAAAUUCAGCUCUUCUCUCUGCAGUAAUAUUUUAAUGCUGAUAUUGAAAUAGAUUAGUCUAGCCCUGACCAACCAUUCCAUUUGUUAAUCUCAUCGGAACGCCGGUUUAUCUGCCUGCAGGACAGGCUGUUCUUUUAUUAGUCGAACCAAACCAUUACUGCAGACACAACCCAACCACCCCCUGGUCCAUACACUCUGCUUUAGUAUUGAUGGACUACGGUGCCAUAAGCUCUCCUGUGCCUCUCAAAUGGUCCGGAAUAAUUAAUGUCCCCGGGUUUUAUUAAUUGAUUCUUUUUCAUCCAUUUCAUCGUGUCCGUUCCCCCGGUCUCUGGUUUUGAUUCAUACAAACCAGAGCUGCGUACAGCCUUAUAUUUCAGAGUCACGUCCUUUCGGUUUUCUGCUGAUGAGCUGAAUUUUAAGCGAUAGCUCGACAAAGCAAUCACCUCUACUGACUCUGUAGAACUGAGAGACGGUCCGAAUCACUUACUCAUGACUGUUCUGCUGCUGCUGUUCCCCCUUGACUCAUCUGGUUUUCACCCUCAAGUGGAGCGGUGGCGAUUGCCAUGGUUUGAAUCACUAUUCACGGGAUAUCUCCCAAUCAUAUACCAAGUUAUGCGUAGUCUUCCGCAAUGUGACUUCACAAAAGAGUGAAAAAGGCAGAAAGUAUUAUGGCAUUUUAACUGAUUUGGUUUUGUUCACUCACUGACUUGCCUUAAUAGAUGUGUUCCACUUUUGACAGGUUUGAACAUGCCUAGACCCCUUUAUCACUUAAUAUUCCUCAGGGAAUAUCUACCAAUCAUCCCCCUUCAACCAGAACCUGCUUGGCCGUCUGCAGUACAGAAGUUGGGCAGUGCUAUAGCAGCUCGGACAUUUUGUUGUGUGUAACGUGAUGCAUUGUGGCAAAUGCAAAUUGGGGGCAGACCAUUAUGCUCAAAUUGAAAUGCACUAGAAUAUUAACCAGCAUCUGUGAGGCGUUGGAGUGUCUUCUACAGUUAUACUGUAUACAAGUGCUUAUAAAGUACUAUGUUGUUUUGUACUGAAAAGGUACAUUUUUUAUUUUUUUGCUGAAUUUCAUGUAUAAAGAAAAAAGGGCAAUGCAACAAUUAUGUAAAUAUGUGUCAUGUACAAAUGGAACAUUUAAAGUAUUGAUUGUGGAUUUUGGGAUCGAUAUAAGCUUUUUAUAAUGAGGCUUUAUUUAUCAGUAUCCUCCCUGUUUUGGAGGUAUAAAAUGUAAAUUCAUUUUUCCCUUAAUAAAUAACUAUUGUUCGUCAACUGAGA